AUGGCUCUGGAUGGUAUCAGUGCGGCAGCUGGCAUCCUUGGCAUAGCACAAAUCGGCAUACAAUUGGCAGCUUCCAUAUCGCAAUUCGUGUCCACGGUCAAAGCCGCCGACAAGGACCUCAAAGCAAUACAACCGGACGUCAAGUCAAUAGGAUUUGUAAUCAAGCAGACGAGAGACUACUUCCAAAAGCAUGCCAAUUCUGACACAUCCGAAUCAGUCUCGGAGCUGGAGACCACGCUCAAGGACACCAACGUAUCUCUUAAUGGAGUCAAAGAUCUGUUGAUGAAGCUAUCUGGAGGCUCCUUUCGGGGUCGUGCGCCGUUUGCAAGUCGGGUCGAUGGUGCCUUCAGUAAGAAAGAGAAGAUGAAGAUGCUACUAGCAGAUCUCGAACGAAGGAAAGCUACAUUGACGCUGAUGCUCGGCGUGUCAGCUCUUGGUAGGCGGAUAGGCACUGUAGCUGAUGACGACAUGAUUAGCAUUGAGAAGCUGACAGUCCUCACUCUCAUGAAGGCGAACGACGAGGCAGGAAAGAAGCAUGAUGACUUGGUGGUCUCGUUUACGCGACUGCAGACCACGAUAGAAUCGGUCUCACUGGCCAACCCGAGCCAUACACUGGUCACAAAGCCCAGUGCUCCAGCAACAGCUUCAGUAUCACUGCAAGCUUCCGGCUCGGCGAAUCUUGAUGGCGAUCCAGCUCACCUCGCCUAUGGACCAGACCUUGCUCAGGGACUACACCCAGGACCCGAUGGUCGCGAACACAAUGUAAACUUGACCGUCCCGGCUCCGGCUGAACAAAGCGACGUUGCAUCCAUGACGAGCUGCGCACCGAGUUCAGGGGUUCCUGACCACGUAAAGUCUGGCUUAGCAGAUUGUGAAGCAGCGGCGGAAUAUCUGAGCGAUAGCAUCUAUGCUGCCGGCAAGCGUUGGCGACGCGAGCACAUCAUCGACGAACGAGAAAUCGUUCUGUCACAUGAAGCAACAACUCGAGCUGCCUUGGCUCUUCAAUCACACAUUAGUGCUGGUAAGCAUACAAAGCUUCCAGAGGCAAAACAAGUCUUGCCUCCGGGAGGUGGAAGAAAGCGUUCGGCGGACGUGCAAAGACCAAAAGCACCAAGACUGGAGCAGGUCCUGGUCCUGUCCGACUCGGAGCAUCAGCACCGACCGGACUCGGAAUAUCCACCGGAGAACCUGUUUGACUGUUGA